GGGGAAUGUAAGUGUGACACACAUUCAAAGCCUUCGUUCACAUCUUUCCGCUGUUGUUUUUAAAACCUAAACAUUGCUCUUUUUUGUCGUUUUAUUGCUUUAAAUGAGUUGCAGAGAAAACAGUGACGAUGACAGCUCCAGUAAACGCAGAGUGUGUUACGUUUAUAGUCCGGAAUACAUCGAAAAAUGCGAUAGUUUGUCCAAAGUACCAAACCGGGCGAGUAUGGUUCACUCCCUGAUAGAGGCGUAUGGUCUCCUGCAGCACAUGAGUAUUGUGAAACCUCGAGUGGCGACGACAGAAGAAAUGGCAAAGUUCCACAGCGAUUCGUAUCUAGAACAUCUCCAUAAAAUCAGCCAAGAAGGAGACAAUGACGACCCGCAGUCUGCAGACUUCGGACUGGGAUACGACUGUCCCAUUGUCGAGGGCAUCUAUGACUACGCCGCAGCAGUAGGGGGCGCCUCCGUCACCGCGGCUCAGGCUCUGCUGGACAGGAAGUGUGACGUGGCCAUUAACUGGGCUGGGGGCUGGCACCAUGCAAAGAAGGAUGAAGCUUCCGGUUUUUGUUACGUGAACGACGCAGUUUUGGGAAUCCUCAAACUGCGAGAGAAAUACGAGAGAGUGCUUUACGUGGAUGUGGAUUUACACCACGGAGACGGUGUGGAAGACGCUUUUAGCUUCACAUCCAAAGUCAUGACCGUUUCUCUGCACAAGUUUUCACCUGGAUUCUUCCCUGGGACAGGAGACGUGUGCGACACAGGUCUGGGCAAAGGCCGAUGGUACGCCGUCAAUGUCCCGAUGGAGGACGGUAUCCAGGACGACCGGUACUACCAAGUCUUCAACAGUGUCCUGCAGGAGGUGUGGUCGACCUUUAACCCCGAGGCCGUGGUGAUGCAGCUGGGGGCCGACACUAUGGCUGGUGACCCCAUGUGCUCCUUUAACAUGACCCCAGUGGGCGUGUCCAAGUGUCUGCUGUACGUGCUGCAGUGGAGACUCCCGACGCUGCUGCUGGGAGGAGGGGGGUAUAACCUGGCGAACACGGCGCGCUGUUGGACGUUCCUCACGGCCACGGUUUUGGAAAAGACUCUCCCGUCUGAGAUCCCGGACCACGAGUUCUUCACAGAGUACGGGCCUGACUAUUCGCUGGAGAUCAGUCCAAGCUGUAGACCCGACCGAAACGACUCCAAACACCUCGACAACGUCAUCUCCACCAUCAAAGGGAAUCUGAAGAAUGUGGUGUAGGACUCAACGUCAUGUUCCUCAAGUCUGCUCUCCACUCUGGUCUCUGCUCUAGACUUUCUCUGGUCUCUGCUCUAGGAUCUCUGGGAUCUGGUCUAGACUCUCUCUGGUCUCUCUGGUCCCUGGUCCCCGAUCCCUGGUCUCUGGGCCUAAUGAAGACCGCAUGGAGCCCUGAGGCAUGGAGCAAACACUGGGAUAAAACCUGGAAAACUGUGGAAAUGUAUCAUGUUUUUUUUCCGGACAUGUUUUAUAACAGGACAGAGGGGGGAGGGGCUGUGAGGAGUUUGUGAAUGAAGCUGUUUCACUGUAAAAAAAAAAGGGACAUCGACGUUAAAAUGAUUUGAGUUCAGUCAUUUGGUUUGAGUAAUAUAGAGUAGAAAUAAACCAGGUCCAAACUAGGACUAAAACCAGGACUAAAACCAGGACUUAUCAGAUAUAUAUACUUUAUCAGAAAGUAACAACAUUAUAACAUGACUUAAAGCUGAAGAGUCAACAUUUCGUAAUAUAGGACCGUUUAAAGUCAAAUAGUCUAACUCUGGUCUGAUAAAACAGGUCUAAAGGUGGUCUAAACCAGGACUAAACCAGGAUUAACCCAGAACUAAACCAGGAUUUAACAAAGACUGCCCCAAGGUCCCAGGAGGAAACAUAAGCAGCAAAGUGGUUUAACCUGCAGAGUCCUGCUCAGAUCUGCUGGACUCUGACACAAAUUAAACAUCUGGACGGAGUUUGGAGGUUUUCCCUAAAAUGGAGUAAAUACUGAAGUAAGUAAUGUUAUAAGGACUAAACCAGGACUGAACCAGGACUGGACCAGGGCUGAACCAGGACUGAACCAGGACUGAACCAGGACUGAACCAGGACUGAACCAGGACUGAACCAGGGCUGAACCAGGGCUGAACCAGGACUGAACCAGGACUGAACCAGGACUGAACCAGGGCUAAACCAGGACUAAACCAGGACUGAACCAGGACUGAACCAGGGCUGAACCAGGGCUGAACCAGGACUGAACCAGGACUGAACCAGGACUGAACCAGGACUGAACCAGGACUGAACCAGGACUGAACCAGGGCUGAACCAGGACUGAACCAGGACUGAACCAGGACUGAACCAGGGCUGAACCAGGGCUGAACCAGGGCUGAACCAGGACUGAACCAGGACUGAACCAGGACUGAACCAGGACUGAACCAGGACUGAACCAGGGCUGAACCAGGACUGAACCAGGGCUGAACCAGGACUGAACCAGGACUGAACCAGGGCUAAACCAGGACUAAACCAGGACUGAACCAGAUUUGAACGAGGCCUAAAUAACUUCAUAUUCAUUCAUGUUUCACUCGUGUUUCAUUCGUGUUUCACUCAUGUUUCACUCAUGUUUCACUCAUGUUUCAUGUUUCACUCUAUAGGACUCGGGUCAUUUUAGUUCAUGUAUGUGUCAUUUAUCUUGUGUCAUGUUUUUCUUCAUCAGUUUGAGCUCUAGUUGUUUUCACUAAACUGGAUAUUUCCGUCUCAAACAUGAAGUUGUCAGCUCUGUAAUUAUAAACGCCUCGUCUUUCAUUUCCACGUUAGCGCGGCUCUAAUUUGUCGCUAACCAUUUAAAACUCUAUAAGGAGGAGGAGGUAGAGUAAAGGGACACUUCUAACUUCAUAAACCGCUCCAGACGUCUGAAUUCAAGACAUUUUAACUCAUAUUUUUGCAGUGUGUCGUUAAAAUGGUUCACAUUGUUGGAUAAAUAUAUUAAAAUGCCACGUCUUUUUGAAAUGUAUAAAAACAUAACAGAUUUUUUGCUGAAACAGAAUUUUUUUGUAAACCGUGUGUUCAUGUCUUGUUCGGUUGUUCACUUGAUCCAGUUUAACUUUUUCCAUGUAAAUACAAUAAAAAAAAAUAAAAUCUAUUGUACCUUAUGUU